CCGUCAUGGCGGCCCCCCCGGGCCCGGUGUUCCCGGUAGCGGCGGAUGAGCAAGGCCUGGCGGCGGGGCGGGAUGGAGCGCGGCGAGCAGGGGGAGGAGGCGGAGGGCGGGCACGGUUCGCACAAGAAGAAGCACAAGAAGCACAAGAAGAAGCACAAGAAGAAACAUCACCAGGAGGCGGGGGGGCCGCCCCCGGAGCCCCUCCGCAAGCCCCAGCUCAAGCUGCGGAUCAAGCUGGGGGGGCAGAUCCUGGGCACCAAGAGUGUCCCCACGUUCACGGUGGUCCCCGAAGCGCCGCGGUCCCCCUCCCCGCUGAUGGGGGCAGAGGAGGAGGAGGAGGAACCCACCGAGGGGGUCCCCAUCGAGCAGUACCGGGCCUGGCUGGAUGAGGACAGCAACCUGGACCCUUCGCCCCUGCCCGACCUGGACUCAGAGAGCUGCUUCCCCCCCCGCGAGGAGGAGGAGGAGGAGGAAGAGCGCUGGCUGGACGCCCUGGAGAAGGGCGAGCUGGACGACAACGGGGAGCUCAAGAAGGAGGUGGAUGAGUCCCUGCUGACCGCCCGACAGAAAGCCCUCCUGCACAAGCAGCAGAGCCAGCCGCUGCUGGAGCUGCCCAUGGGCUACAAGGCGAAGGAGCUGACGGAGGAGAUGCUGGUGAAGCGGGAGGAGCGGGCACGGAAGCGGCGGCUGCAGGCGGCCAAGAAGGCGGAGGAGAACAAGAACCAGACCAUCGAGCGCCUGACCAAGACCAACAAGGCCAAGGUGAAGACGCUGCGGGAGCGCAAGGCCAAGCCGGCCCCCUGCCCCGUCGUGCACUACUGCAACGCCGCCGACGCCAUCACCGUCUCCUUCCCGGCCGGAGUCCCUCUGCCGCUGCCCCCCGCCCCGCCGCGGCCCCCGCCCCCCGCCCCCCUCCUCUGCGGGGUCCCCGGCUGCCCCAACCCCAAGCGCUACAGCUGCUCCCGCACCGGGCGGCCGCUCUGCAGCCUCGCCUGCUACCGCCGCAACCUGGGCCUGCAGGAGGCCGCGGCGUAGGGCGGGGGUCCCGGCCGGCCCCCAGCAUGGACACGGGGGGCUGGGGUUGGAAGGGGAGGGGUCCUGGGGGGCGUCCCGGGGCUGGUCCCGCGGUGGUGCCGCAGGGCAGAUUAAAGGCUGCGGGUGAAGCA